GUGCGCGCAGCGUGACCGAACACCUUUUCCGCGAACAUCAAACGGCCUUUCUUCCUGUGUUUACCUCUCCGUGUUGAGCUGCUUUUUAUUCGUCUAAUGGCGGUUUUGCAAAUGUUUUCGGUUAUUUUAGUUACUGCUGCUUGUUUUGGUGAAAGUGUUGCUAAUUUAAAUGGGUCUGGGAUUGAUUUCUACUCGUUCAGGAAGAAGUUUCACCGUUUGUAUGAAGUCAACAGUGAGGAAUUUAGCCGUCGUCAAAUCAAUUUUCAGAAUGCUGCAGUGCGACAUCUAUACCUGAACUCAUUUUCCAGGCAGACACAGUCUGCUACAUAUGGCAUUAACCAGUUCUCUGACCUUUCACAGAUGGAAUUUAAGGAUGUUUACCUCCGAGCAGAAAGCAGCAGUGCUCCUGGCUUCGUUGGAUCGACCAGAGCGGGGCUCCCGGCCAAAUAUGACUGGAGGGAUAAGGGAGUGGUGGCACCGGUCCAGAACCAAUUAGCGUGUGGGAGUUGCUGGGCGUUUAGCACAGUUGGUGCUAUACAGGCCGUUCAUGCUAUGGGAGGCUCGCAGCUGGAGCAGCUCAGUGUGCAGCAAGUUGUCGACUGCUCCUAUAAAAAUGAGGGCUGCAAUGGAGGCUCGCCCUCCCACGCUCUCGCUUGGUUAAAACAGACCAGAGUGAAGCUGGUGAGUCAUUCAGACUAUCCAUACAAGGCCGAAACCGGAAUGUGCCAUUUCUUCUCCCCAACACAUGAGGGUGUUGCUGUGAGGAACUUUUCCCUGCAUAGCUUCAGUGGUCAAGAGGAGGCGAUGAUGGGUCAGCUGGUGCAGUUUGGUCCUUUGGCUGCCAUCGUGGAUGCUGUCAGUUGGCAGGAUUACCUGGGAGGUAUUAUCCAGCACCACUGCUCCAGCCAAUGGUCCAACCAUGCUGUCCUGGUUGUUGGAUACGACACGACUGGAGAAAUACCUUACUGGAUUGUACAGAACUCCUGGGGAACGACAUGGGGAGAUCAGGGUUACGUUUAUGUAAAAAUCGGUAGCAACAUCUGUGGUAUCGCAGAUUCUGUGGCAGCUGUUUUUCUUUGAUGACAGUUUAUAUUUGAGUCAGAUGGGUUUGUGUGAGUCACUGCAUGCGGCUGCUUCCCGUUGCCAAAAUGAAAUAAGUCAUCUGCUCGUCUUCAGUGUCACUGUGGAUAAUGCUUUUAUUGAAAUGUAGCCAUCUUGUGUCACAAAAACAAAUAAAUCUCCUCAUAUGUUUGCAACUGUUGGAUUAUAACAACAAACUGUGACACAAUAAAAGUAUUUUCACUAUGCAAAA